GGGGAGACUUUAUUAUCACACAGCAUCUCCAGCCUCACAUGUUAAUUGAAUCGCACACCCCCUCCUACUCUCCCAGGGUGUAUCGAUCCGCACGGUUACGUUCCAGCAGCAAGUUCAGUGCAAAUCAGUCCCGGGGUGACCCGGAGACCCGAGGAGGAGAAUGUUGCUGAGGCUGCUGCACUUUGGGGGAAUUAGGAACCCUGCUCUCUGCUGACCGGGUGGGUUUCAGUCGGUGAAUUAGUGGGAGAAGAGGAAGAGAAGAAGAGGCUGCUCCAGCCUGGAGAUCCUGUGUGAGGAGGAAAAGAAGAACAGUAUCCCAACACACACACACUUUGCCUCCAGUAUCCCCCAAGAUGGCCACCAAUGUGGGAUCAAUGAUUCAAUAUUGGAAGCGGUUUGAUCUGCGGCGGCUGCAGAAAGAGCUGAACUCCCUGGCGUCGGAGCUGGCUGCACGGCAGGAAGAGAGCGAACAUUCCCACAAGCAGCUUAUUGAACUCAGCCGUGAGUUUAAGAAAAAUGUCCCAGAGGAAAUUAGAGAAAUGGUAACUCCUGUCCUGAAGAGCUUUCAAGCAGAGGUUGUUGCUCUUAGUAAAAGAAGCAAAGAAGCAGAAGCAGCCUUCCUGAGUGUAUACAAGCAAUUAAUUGAAGCACCGGAUCCUGCUCCUCUGCUGGAAGCGGCUCGUGGCUUAGAGGACCGGUUGCAACAACUUCAUCGCAUCGAUCCUGAGAAUAAAGCUGUAAAAGAAAUCAGUCGCCACUGGAAAAAGUAUUCUGACUUCCUCUCUGCUGCUAAAGAGCGGAAAGAGGGAACCGUUCCAGCAGGGAUCCCGCUGCAGAGGGAGGAAGCCUGGCACUGUACCAUUAACAGCAAACUCUUUUCCACGGACACCUUUCAACAGAGAAGCGAGGCAGAAAGCGAAAAAGGCUUACAGGAAGCACAAAUCACAUUGGCUGUCAGACUUGGUGAAGCCGAGGAGAAGAUUAAGGUUCUUCAUUCAGCGCUGAAGACAACACAGAGAGAGCUGCUUGACCUGCGGUGUCAAUAUGAUAAAGAGACAGCGUCUAAGACAGAUGAAGUGGGCAUGAUAAUGACCAAUCUUGAAAAAGCCAAUCAGAGAGCAGAAGCUGCUCAGAGGGAGGUUGAGAGUCUCAGGGAGCAAUUAUCAUCUGUAAAUAAUUCCAUUAGACUGACCUGUUGUUCUCCGCAAGCAUCCAGUGGGGACAAGAACAGCUUCUCCUUGUGUUCAGAAUCUCGCUUAGAAGCAGCAUUGGCUGUCAAGGACAGAGAAAUUCUCAGACUCCUAAAAGACAUUCAGCACCUCCAGAACUCUAUUCAAGAGCUGGAAGAGUCCUCUGCCAACCAGAUUGCAGAACUCGAACAACAGCUUGCCAUUAAAACAGAAGCCAUAGAGAAGCUGGAAGAGAAGUUACGGCAUCAGUCGGAUUAUGAAGAAAUUAAAACUGAACUAAGCAUAUUGAAAGCAAUGAAGUCAGCCUCUGCAAAUUGCACCAUUUCCCAGGAAACUUCCAUGCCAGAGGAUUCCUUGUUGAUAGCAAAGGAAGCAUUUUUCCCAUCUCAGAGUUAUGUAUUAGAGAAGCAGAGCACUCUACCCAGCAAUGAGGAGGAUCACUCAGAAGAUGACUCUAUGAAACAGAGCCUUGGAGCAGAGAGACCCUAUUCCACUUCCCCCCGGACAUCAUUCCAAACAAGCGAUGAAGCUGUAACACCAAGCUCUUCUCAGUGCCUGCAGGAAUCAGCUGCUCAUGUUGGACUAAGAACUAUCUCCUCUACCUUCCCCAAAACUAGUGAGCAGCUGCCCGGAGAGGCAUCUUUAAAGAAGCAAAUGAUGUCACCGGUGGUCAAGAGUGAAAAUAACACUUUGCUUUCAUUCCCAUCUUCAUUCUACUCAGUAAAGUCCACUUUGCUGCCAAACCACCAUUCAGCCACUGUUAAUAAUGACUCAAGCCCACUCAGUGAUCAGUCAGAGGUCAGCAAUUCCAGCUCAGCAGACGAGGAACAUAUAGAAACAUCUGAAAUUGCAUUCCAAGUUAAAGAGCAGCUGCUAAAACAUAAUAUUGGACAACGUGUUUUUGGACAUUAUGUCCUGGGCCUCUCUCAGGGUUCAGUGAGCGAAAUCCUGGCCCGACCCAAACCUUGGAGGAAGCUAACUGUUAAAGGGAAGGAACCUUUUAUUAAAAUGAAGCAGUUUUUGUCUGAUGAACAGAAUGUCCUUGCACUAAGAACCAUUCAGGUGCGACAAAGAGGAAGCAUUACACCAAGAAUUAGAACUCCAGAAACAGGUUCAGACGAUGCCAUAAAAAAUAUCCUGGAACAGGCAAAAAAGGAGAUUCAGUCACAAAAAGGAGGUGACACAAAAGGCUCAAAUGCCCCUUUAUCAUCAUCUUCCAGCACCACCAACAGUUCAGAGGAUGCCAUUAAGAGUAUCUUGGAGCAGGCACGAAGGGAAAUGCAGGCUCAGCAGCAGGUGCUGUUAGAAAUUGAGUCAGGCAACAGCCAUAGGUCUAUAAACACCCCACCAGCAGAACGACCCAUCCUUACACCGUCAACACAUAAUGCUGCUCGCAUCCAUAUUAAACAGGAAGAGGGUACAUUUGUUACCAGCUCCACCUCCCUCCAGACCCCGCUAAGUGUGCUGUCUCCUGCGGCUUUUGUGCAGAGCAUAAUACGCAAAGUGAAAACCGAGAUUGGUGAUGCAGGAUCAUACUUUGACCAGCACUGGGCAACAGAAAGAAACCUCUUGAGUCGCCCCUUGAUGUCAGUUUCCCCUUCGCUGUCAUCAUCAUCUUCCAGUUACUCAGGUAUGGUCAAUGGCAGACCAUGGAGACGACCAGAUAACUGUGAGACUGCUCCCAGUGAGGAAGAAAUAACAAAGGCUGAUGACGCUCACAAGGCGGUGGAGGUGAAAACGGAAGCUGGAAGCCUUGACCAACAGAACAUAAAUCGUCUUUCUUAUUAUCCUUCCUACGUACCAAGGAAUCUCAAGCCCACAGUGCCGCCUCUGACUCCAGAACAGUAUGAGAUGUACAUGUACAGGGAAGUCGAUACACUGGACCUUACUAGGCAGGUCAAGGAAAAGUUGGCAAAAAAUGGCAUCUGCCAAAGAAUCUUUGGAGAAAAGGUUCUUGGAUUAUCUCAAGGCAGCGUGAGUGAUAUGUUAUCCAGGCCCAAACCCUGGAGCAAACUCACCCAAAAGGGUCGUGAACCGUUCAUUCGCAUGCAGCUCUGGCUAACUGAUCAACUGGGCCAAGGAAUUAUUCAGCAGCCAGCCCUCUCUCAAGGCACUUUAAGUCCCUCUGAGAACCCAUCAUCUCCAUCACCAUCUCCAAGCCCACCAGAACAAGGGAAGAGCCCUCUGCUCAGCUUAAGCCUGGAGAGCACUAAAGAAAACCUACAGCCAGAGAGCAGACCUGCUUCCUCACUUAGUGGGAGAAUCUUUUCAAAUCACCAGGCUUCAGGCAUCCAGGAAAUGGUGGCCAUGUCUCCUGAGCUAGACACCUACUCCAUCACCAAGAAAGUUAAAGAGGUGCUGACGGACAAUAACUUAGGUCAGAGAUUAUUUGGAGAGAGCAUCUUGGGCCUUACUCAGGGUUCAGUAUCAGACCUUUUGUCCAGGCCCAAACCAUGGCACAAGCUGAGCCUGAAGGGCCGAGAGCCAUUUGUACGGAUGCAGUUAUGGCUGAGUGAUCCUCAUAACAUUGAAAGGCUCAGAGACAUGAAGAAAAUGGAGAAGAAAGCUUACCUAAAGCGUAGAUAUGGCCUUAUCAGCGGAGGUUCGGACAGCGAAUCUUCUAACACUAAAACAGAGUGUGCGAGUCCGAGCCCCCAACCCCAAGAAUACAGUCACCUGCAGAUGAAAAAGCCCAGGGUGGUACUGGGGUUAGAAGAAAAAGAAGCGCUAAAGAAUGCUUAUCAGCUGGAGCCUUACCCAUCACAGCAAACUAUCGAGCUGCUCUCAUUUCAACUCAACCUCAAGACAAACACAGUCAUUAACUGGUUUCAUAACUACAGAUCACGCAUGCGCAGGGAGGUCCUGAUAGGUCAGCAGGACAAUGACACAGAUCAAGAGCCAAGCAGCUGUGAUAGCUUCACAUCUGUACGUACCUUACACAGGGAUCCAGCUCUGCACAUCCCCACCUCUGAAAAUGUCGACAAGAAACCGGUUUGUGACAUGGACCACCUAAUGCACAAUGCUGGUUACACCAGGGAGAGAGGGGCUACAAGGGAAAUUAAGAAAGAGAACAUAGAAGAAGGAGAAGAAGAAGAAAAAGACGACGCUUCCAAACGUGAUUCUUGCAGCUCUGAACACACAUUGUGUUGUGAAACUGAUCCUAGCAGAAUACAUAGAGAAGAUGAAAUUGCCCCACACUGUGACGACCUUCAGAGACCACAUUAUCUAAGAAGAAGCAGUUCUUUUUAUGAUAAAUUGCGUCCAUCUAGUGCGCAUGACUGUUCUUCUCACAAGGAAAUUACAAACACAGAACGGCCACAGACUGACCCAAUUAGCUUUAAGUCAACAGCAGAAUGUUCGCGAAGCAGCCUGGAGGUGUCUCUAAAUUCUCCUUCAGCUGCCUCUUCCCCUGGCCUAAUGAUGUCUGUUUCCCCGGUCCCUACAUGUUCUGCACCCAUAUCCCCAUCCCUGCCUAGCACUGUGUCAGUAAAACUUCAUAAACUGGACCCUGCCAAUGACAAUGCCCCAUUACACCUAUCCACAAAACAUAGUCCCAACAACCAGAGGAGAAAUGAGAAAAUGGCCAAUUUAAAUAACAUCAUUCACCGGCUUGAGAGAGCAGCGAAUAAGGAGGAGACCCUGGAAUGGGAAUUUUGAAGAAAAAAACAAAACGCAGUAUCUUUUUGUAACAAACUGGAACCGAGUUAAGCGGAGAGUUUGCAGAGAACCUAUAUGGGAUCAUUUAUAUUUUAUGGUUCUUGUUUUGUGAAGUAGAAGCUUAUGAGAACAGGAGUUUAGAAAAACAAACUGCUUCCAAAAUUCCAUGGAAUGAAAAAAAAAAUAUUGACUUUGUUUUCAUGUUAAAAAGUAAUUCUUUUAGAAGGAAAGAUAUUUAUAAACAUUUUAGAUAUUUUAUUAAA